GCGCGAGCGCCCGAGCACUUCAGUUGCCGUCGAAUCCUACUCACGGGAGGUUCCACAGUGCGCGUGUUUUAUUACAAAGCAGAACCGCUGAACGCUCGAUCGCGCGCGCGGUCUUUCCGUCGUCAUCGUCGCGGAACAGAUCACGAUCUCACUCAGUGUGGAUGGAUAUCGGAAUUUCGCAUUUUCUGUAUUCGCGCGAAGCUAAAAACAAAGACGACCAGGGGAAAAACAAUAACAUCAGCCUGCGCUUCCAGCAGCCGAAGAAAGAGGUUGCCUGUUGGGCGGGGGCUGACAGACGGUGUUGAGCUUGAGCUCUUGCGGUGCCUGGCCGCGAGCUAAACGUGAGCGGGCGCGCGGUUCGAAAGACGCACGUGAAAGUAGUAAACUGGAAUUUCGCGUUGUGGAUUUUGGGUUUAUUGCCAAAUGCAGUGGGAAGUGAAGGCGAAGAUAGUUCGUUGAUGCAGACCGGGGCAGUCCGAUCAAUGCAAAACAAAAGGUUGUUGUGCACUUUGUAGCCUCCGAAAAAAAAAGUGAACUCGCAUCAAGUGACUGCACCACACACGGGGGGUGAAAUUUGAUCAACUACCCAACCAAAUAGCAUAUUGUGUGGUUCAAUUGGAAGCUGAAUGAGAAAAGCAGCACAUACAUAUCACGCACGCACAUACAUAACGUACACACAGUCGGACACUUUUCUUCGCGAGUGAAAAUAAAUUAAUGACCGGUGAAGAAGGCCAACGAGAGGAGUAGCGAACAACGGGUUUUACAUCUGUAACUGCGAGGCGAAUUUUUGUUUUUGCAACACCACCGGCGAGGCGAGUCGACGCGAGAUGUGAUUGUGCCUCUUCUUAGUCCACCAUUACCGGACUUGGGCAUCAUAAGGCAUAGCGAAUUCGAAAAAAAAAAACAAAAUGCAUGUUGUGGAAAAGUUGCUACAGCUCUCGUAACAGCCAGCAACGGAACGAGUGUUGUAAAAACACGAAGAAAAUCCAGCGGUGAAGAAGAGGCGAAGAUAACCAAACCGUGCAUCGGAUAUUGGGAUGUGAUAACACGUGUUUCGUCGGAGGAAUCCUUGAAACGUUGUUGAGUGCACGAGUGCAUCUUCACAGUAUCGGUGGUCCUAGUUACUUACAGUGUGAAACUUGGAAAUCGAAGAAAAUGAAAUGUGCGCGAGCAAUUUCGCGUCUGUGAUGAAGCGGAGUAUGUGAGUAGGUAUGUGCGAUAUUUUUUUUGUGCACCAUAAGUGAUCGCGAUCGGUCCGAAUCCAAUCGACAACAACAACAACCCUCAACACGAUAACAAGAGGGCAACGUUGUUUACCAGCAGCGGUGUUAUUUGUAGGGGCUCAAGUGAAAUCGAAAGCCCAGCGAAAAAUUGUUCCGACGUAGCGAAGCGAGAAAAUGGAAUUAAAUUAAUCCAAACUGCGAGCGAGCCGAGCAGCCCUAUCACCACUAGUGUUGUGCGAUAUUGUUUGUUUGUUGCCAUAACGACGAGCAGCCAUAGGGGAGACAUUGGUCUCGUUGCGUGUUAAUCGCGAAGCGCGCGCUGCGCCACCAAGUGGAAUCGAAUUAGAAGGGUUAAUAAAUCGAAGAAGUGCCCAACUAGGAAAAUCGAAAGAGUGAAUGAUUUAUGAUUGCGGCGCAAUAAAAAUUCGGUGUGCAGUGAUUUGGGUGCUCGAACAAGCGAUGAACCUGCGGCGACCGAGUGUAAUGCUGCCAACUAACUAGCUGCUACGUGGGAAUGUAAGGGGCUACCGACCAAGCACCAGAAGCGGAGCAAUGUAAUAAUAUUGGAUACUGGUGACACCUUUAGCCUAUAAACGACUAUCAAUCGACAUCAACGACAAUGAACCCUGAAAGUUCGCGAGAAUCUAUGAAUCUACUGUUGUGGUUGCGAAAGUUCAGCAAGAACGUUUUAGGAGCCACUGGACCAAUCGGUUGAUUCUAUACCAAAGUGACCGAUUUAUCAACGACCAGUGAUCAAAAUGUAGAAAAGAAGAAUGGAGUGAUUUGCAAUCAUUACUGAAUCGACAUCCGAAAAAAAAAGGCAGAGGAAGAACGAAGAAGUGAUAUCUCGCCGCUGAGGCGUUUCAGUUAUAAUUAGUACGAGUGAUCUAGUUCCACAGAAAUCUGGGUUCGCAACCAGUGCUUGAGACCCUCACGAAAGAAGCAUGGUGGGUCGCACACGGAUGAGCAUCAUCCUGCUGGUGGUGCUCAUCGCGUGCAAACUGGCCGAUCCGGUGCGCUCGAACGGUGGAAGUGCCACUUCCGGUGAUGAUUCGGGUGGUGGAAGUGAUCGAAGAUCUUUUUCGUCGCAUCAAACUGAAGUGCCAAAUGCAGUGCGGGGUGGCCGUGGUGGAACGUCCACGAGUACGACGGCACCGGCACCACCACCGGUGACGACAUCAACCCCAGCAGCACCAGCCGCGGUGAAAGGGAGCAGCAGCAGCACGACCACUCCGACGGCGUCGAUUGCAUCGCAGCUGGAUGGCCGAUCUUCGCCAGAUGCCACCGUCGCCACCGACAAUCUAAAUGAUACAACCCCAACGACUACGGCGGCACCAGCGAAACGACGCCAGGUCAAUCGGGACAACAAGCUGAUGUCGGUGUUGCAAGCUCGGAGGACGGCCUUGUCCAGGGAUCGCUGGCAGAAAGAGUACCAUCCGUCCUCGUCGCUGAAGCUUCACCGGCAUAGCAAUCCAGCUGUGAACUUGGUCGAGGACAGUAGCACUCCGGAGAGUAAUUUGAUCAUUCCACCGGGGUCGAGGAUCGCCGGGGUGGAUGAGUUCCUAGAUACGGACGAAUCGAUCCACGGGAUGUAUGUGGUGAAUCCGAGGACUGGGAAGAUCGCUCUGCAGCAAACGGGACCACAGGUAAAGUUGGCCAAGGAGACCAAUAACUUUGUGGUGCAGCACAGCAACAAGACUGGGGAGAGUACCAAGUUGACGUCGACGAAACCGUAUACGGGGAGGAGUUUGUACUACGAUGGACGAGGAAAGCGCAAUCGGGAUCGAAAGGCGUUCCCGACGUCGACGGAGCGCACGUUAGACGAUAGCGAACUGGUGCCGUAUCAGUUCUUUGGGCAGAAAUUGGUGCCGUCGAGGAAGACUACGGAAGAUUCGAGGAAUCAGGUGGUGCUUACCAAGGGUACGAGGCUGAACAAGCUGAAAGAAGAUUCAUUGGAGAUCAUGGAAGUCUCGGCCCCGAAGCCUUCGACGGAGAAGAACAAAUUCUGGCAGACGAGGCUAGCGUACCAGACGAGAAAUGUAGUAGCGUUCAACAACUACCUGAGGAGGUCAAAGGACGGCAUCUACGGAAUAACUCCGACGCCUACCACAUCGACGACGGCUGCUUCUACUGAGAAUCCAAUUCAUCCAGAUUCGUUGACAAACUCAAUGAUUGCGCUGAGCAACCUCUCAGAAGGUCCAGUUGAUCCAAAGCAAGUGUUCUCCAGAAGUGCCAACUUUACCACGUCUAGCAAGAGUGAGCGAAUAGUUUUGAGCUCAACUGAAAGCAGUACAACAGUAGAACCUACUAAGACGACUUCGGAGCUGCCUCCGAACCACAAACCAGAAGAGGAGCUUCCGGGACUGUUCAGUCCAACUGGACUUGCAGAGAUCUCCAAAUUGAUUAUCAACUAUCCGGACGACGCUACUCCGGAAGAUCUUUAUCACGCAAAUAGCUAUCAGCCUGUGGCUGAACCUGUCCCAGUUCCGACAACCACCGAAAAAACAGAACCAGUGCCUGAAACGACACAAUCGAUCGUAGAGGACUACGAAACUCCCAGGAAUUUGGUUUCGAUUCCAGAUAUCAAUCACAUUUUCCAAAACUUGUCCACGAGAACGACAACCAGUACGACUACGGAGAUGCCAAUGCCAGCCAAACGAGCAUCGCCUUCAAUCAUCGAUACCGAAGUCCGAACUGAACAGUAUAUCCCAGUGACUGUGAUGCUGUCUACUACAAGUACGACAACCUCCACCCCAGAACUAAUCACUACUACAUCCACCGAACCAACGACUUCAACCACCACGACUACCACUACUCCACCUACAAGUACAACAACCAGCACCACAACUACCACAACAACACCCCGGCCUACAACCACACCCACAACUCGGCCAACCCCUCCGGAGAUCUUCACCGAUCCCAUCACCGAAGUUGAUCAGGACGUCGAAGUCUACUCGGACAGCGAAGACGACGACUCCAACUCCACCGAUUUCAAUCCCAUCCUGUCGCACGUAUUCCCUAAACUCACCAAGAACCCCCUCCCCUCCCGACCCCCAACGAUCAUGGACUUUGCCGCAACCUCCCCAUCCCCCAGUGCAUCCCCACACAUCCCCACCAAAAAACCAGCGAUCGCCUUCGAGGGCGUCCUGCUGCAGCACAACAGCGACGUGGUGAUCGAGAUGCGCAAAAUGAACACGGCUACGUUCAUCCUGGCCGGCCUUGGGAUGCUCCCGAUCGUCAUAAUCAUUCUGUACGUGAUCAAGGCAGCGGUUUGCAAGCGGGAGAACAAGGUCUCCCAUGACCUGGAACGGUACAUUCCCGAUGGGCAGCCACCGAUCAGUCCGGUGGUGCGGUUGGAGCAGUCGGACACGUCCAGCGUGGCGGACGAGUCCAUUAUCACCGAUCGGGACUUCAACCGGAAGAACUUGAGGUUUAAGAGCUUGCUUGGCGAGGGUAACUUCGGGCAGGUUUGGAAGGCUGAGGCCGACGAUCUUGCGGGGCACUUCGGUUCGACGAGGAUCGUCGCUGUAAAGACAGAACGCAGCGACAACGGUCACGGAGACUUGAAAGCGGAAGCAGAUAUCAUGCGGAAGCUGGGAUCACAUCCCAAUGUGGUGACACUGCUGGGGGCUUGUUUGGAGCAAGAACCGCAACUGCUGAUCAUGGAGUACGCCAUGAGAGGACGGUUGCUAUCGUUGCUUAGGGCGGCACGAGGGGCCGUCAACGGGUUGGCACCGACGAUUCACGGCAAUCGGACGCCGAUCAUGCCACUUUCACCAAGGAGGCUAACGGGAUUCGCGCACGAUAUUGCCCGGGGCAUGGAGUACAUCGCCGAUAAAAAGAUCGUCCACCGGGAUUUGGCGGCUCGCAACGUCCUGCUGGAUCACAACGGGAUCUGCAAGAUCUGCGACUUCGGUAUGUCGAUCGAUCUGGAGAAGAUCAAGUCGUCGCAGGCGCACAUCCGGGUGCCACGGUCGCACCACGGCGAGUCGAGGUUUAAGUUCGAUCUGAGCGCACGGUCGUUCGGCAUCGGAAGGCACCACAGCCAUGGCCAUCACGAGGGCCUGGGAAGGCACGGUAACCACCGGGGAGGAGGUCAUGAUACCAAGAGCCGACCGGCGUUACCGAUUCGAUGGAUGGCACCGGAAGCGCUGCAGUAUCACAUUUUCUCCCGGGAGACGGACGUUUGGGCGUUUGGGAUCGUUCUGUGGGAGAUCUCUACUUUAGGGUGCACUCCAUACCCCACCCUCUCCGGCCGAGAAGUGGUGCGAAGCGUCCCCAACGGUGCCCGACCGGAAAUCCCUCCGGAUUGCCGCCCGGAGCUGUACGACCUGAUGCAGCGCACCUGGAGGAAGGAUCCCCGCCAGAGGCCAUCCUUCUCCGAGGCUCGCAACUGUCUUGCGAGGACAUUGUGCCAGUGGCAGCAGGAGGAAACGGACACCUCCAACACGUCGGAAUACCUGGACGUCAGCGGCUUCAGUGAAGAUCUGGAACAGGGAAUGGUCUACUUCAACCGACGGAUUUCCGAGUUCGAGUGUGAAAUCUAAUCCCAGCGGCGCAGCGUGCGCGCAGUAUUACUCGUGAACCCUCCACCCCGCCCAUUCUUCAUCAUCAUCCCAUCUGUCAUCACUGACGCCCCAAUUCCAAUUCCCAACGACACAAACCACUUUGUUGCAUGAGGCUCGCGCACUUCUGGCGCGACUCGUUGUUAUUAUUGGCUUGCAGUUUCCAUCUAUCGUUUUCCUGGCGAAAACUUACGGUGGAAAUUCUCUCUUCACCCGGAAUGGAUUCGCGUGUUUGUGUUUCGCCCCCUUCUCUCCCGCCCCCUCGAAUCUUUUGUAAAUAAAAGUCUUUUUCUGCUUUCGAGCCCCUUCCGUACUAUUGCUGAAAGGUAACAAUAGCAAAUCGUCACCCGGGGGUCUCCCGCGAGAAGCCCCCAACUAUUUAACGUAAAAUUGUGAAUAGAACAACGCAUACCCUCACCACGAGCAAACCCCAUCACCAUUCAUCACGAGAUAUUGUUUUAUUUGAGCUUUUUUAUUUGCUUUCGGUUAGGAUUCGUCAUCCAUCGUACCCAGUUUUUCACAAACGAAAAAAGAAAACAGUGAUAAAUGCGACCAUAAGUUAUAUCGGAAUAAGCAAAAAACCGCAAAACAAGUGAGAAGACAUAUAAAACUACGAAAGAGAUACACAGAAAUUUCAUUGUUAAGAAAUGUUGUAAAUUUUUUAAAUUCAUCACGAUCACCACGAAACACACGAAGAAGACGACACACGAUGGAGAGUGUCGGUGGAUUCCACGUGUGAACAAGUAUCAUCCCAUCGUAUUGCAGAGAAGAAGGAUUUUAUAUUAUUUUUAUAUUGAUAGUUAUUUUGUUUUUUCUUUGUUAAUAUCUAGAAGCGGAUCAGAGGAGGAGUUCGAUUUUUCUCUGAAUAAAGAAAUUAUGAAAAAUAUAAUGAA